AUGUUGGUUUCUGCUGAAAAGCGGGCAUUGCACAGGAAGAAAAAUGGCAAAGUUAUUGGCCUCUAUACAGUCGGAUGCACACGCAAGAACUGCAAGGCAUGCACAGGAGCUGAUGAAGUUGGAGAGAAUCGUUGGUUGAAUAAUCUGGACCAGUGCAUACAGAUUAGCAAAAUUGAGCCAGCUAAUUUGGCAAGCAAUGUGCAAGUUGAGUUGAUGCUGACUGUCAGAAGCCUCCCAAAGGCACCAGCUGAAACAUAUUUUUGCGUCUUUGAAAAUAUUCAAACAACUCCGGUUAUAUUCAUUGAUAAUUCAACCAUACCACCAACACUAAAGUGUAAAACCCCUUUGGAAGUGUAUAUCCAGUCUGGAGGGUCUCUGGAGGUUAAGUUUUCCUUACUAUCAAAUGAGACCAACAUGGAGUUUGUCAGCAGUAAAUUUUUCUUCUACGACUGCAGCGCAUUCAAGGACUGCACUAGUUGCGUGUCAAGUAACUUUGCCUGCGAUUGGUGCAUUUAUGAGAAUAAAUGUACAGGAAAUUCCCAACAGUGUAAACUAGAAGGGGUGGUUGGCGGACAAGGAAACUCUCUUACCAAUGCGACAAAAUUUGGACCCGAUAACUGCCCUCGCUUGGCAAAACGGGAUGCAGAGAUUCUUCUGCCUGUGAACACCAGAAGAGCUAUUGAAGUUGUGGCUCAGAAUCUGCCUGUACUAGAGGCUGGUCACCCAGCAUACGAGUGUGUCCUGGAUGAAGAGGUUGUGAAGGCAGAAGUGAUGGAUGAUACCAUCCGAUGCACACCCAACGAGUAUUCGUAUGCAGAAUUUAUACUGGACAAACCUAUCCUGUUGAAGGUGCGCUGGAAUAAUGAUUUCAUGAUUGAUAAUCCAUAUAAUGUUACAGUUACUUUGUACAAGUGCGAGGUUAACAGAACCACAUGUGGAAAGUGCCUUCUCACAGACAGCAAAUACGAUUGCGGAUGGUGUGAAAAGAGCUCGUGUCGUUUUAGAGAUCACUGUACAAGUGCUACAGAGUUCCUGAGUGGAAAUAUUUGUCCUGACCCAAGAAUUACAAGUUUUAGCCCCCUGAAAGGACCAAUUGAAGGUGGAACUCGUUUGAUUAUCAAAGGCAAGGACCUAGGACUCUCAUUCAACGAUACGCAGAGCAUCACAGUUGCUGAUGUGGAGUGUGUACCGGAAGAGGAGGGAUAUAUACCAUCAGAGCAGUUGCAGUGUACCCUGAGUAACACAGAGGCCAGUAAGAGUGGAAAAGUUAAGGUUACAAUUAGCAAAGGCGAAACUUACAUGGCAACUUCUGAAACUAACUAUGCAUUUGUGAUUCCAGCAGUGAACAAGAUCAGUCCAGACCUGGGUCCUAUGUCUGGAGGAACCAAUGUUGUUUUAGAGGGACAACAUCUUGAUGCUGGCUCCACUGUCAAUGUUACCAUCGCUGAUCACCAGUGUCUGAAUAUUGAGAGGAAGGAUAAUGGUCUAAUUCACUGUACAACAUCUCCAGUUAGAAACCUUACCACUGGUGGUGUGCUUUUGAUGAUUAACAAUGGAGAAUACAACAGCCAUGUAAUAUUCAAGUACAAAGAUGACCCAAUCAUUACAGGAAUUAUUCCCGACAAAUCCAUUGCGAGUGGUGGAACAUAUAUUAAAGUAAAUGGACUGAAUCUAUACGUAGCAAACAAUAAGAUGUUGACCAUGACAAUAGAUGAGGAAGUGUUUUACGGAGAUUGUAUGAAUGCAACUAUGGAUUCAAUGACAUGUAAAGUGCCCGACAUCUUCAGUAAGUUUGACCCGGGAGAUUCUGACUUUAUGCUGGUUCCCAGUUACGGAUUCCUACUUGAUGGAGUUGAGACAUACCAGUCUCUGCAGAGUUUAGAGAAAUUCCAGGAUUUCAAAUAUUAUGUGAAUCCUGUGUAUAAAGGACUGGCAAAUAAUGUGUACAAGAGGGAUGAUGUAGAGUAUUUGACCAUACUGGGUGAAAAUCUUAACCUUGCUUCCAAUAAAGAUGACGUGAAAGUAAAGAUUGGAAGAGAGAAAUGUGAUGUAACUUAUUUAGGUAAUAUCCAGCUGACAUGCAUACCUCCAGAAAAACAACCUCUAAGCUUGGAUGGAUCUGACAGCUCCGCAGAAGUCAUGGUCUACCAUGGUAACUUGAAUUUCAGCGUGGGGUCACUGAAAUAUUACAAGCCAGCAUGGACUCUUCCUCCUGAAGUAUUAAUCAGCAUAGUGGCAGUGGUGAUAAUCAUCAUCAUUGUUUUAAUCCUUGGGUGCUAUAUUUAUCGUUACAAGAUAGAUGCUGAGAUAAGUGUGUAUCUCAAUGAAUUAAACUAG